GUGUCAGCAGCUUACUACUCACCCUUCUGCUCUACUGCACUGAAUGCAGUGAAUGCAGACAAAGAGCAAGGAGGCGGAGGGAGAUGCACAUGAGAGGCAGAGAGGAGGCGGUCCUAAGUGUCCUCCAGUCAUCCUCUCGACUCCUUCUGUUCAUUUGAAUGCUGUAUUGGAAUAGAGGCAGACAGGGGAAUGAGAACCAAGCGGUUAGGAAUGACUUCACGUUUAUUAUGAGGAGUUAACUCACGUUUUUUCCCUCCGAGGUCCCUUCAACAUCUGGAUUUUUCCGCACUGGAUAUUUUUUUUUGACUCGCGGCGGAGGAAAGUUAGUCGUUAAAUAAAAUCUCCUCUCUCAUCUUCUCAAGUAAAGGUUAUUUUUCCAAGCCGCUAGCAUAACGCAUACCUGGACCAGGUCUCAUGUAGUCUGCCAACCAUCGCUUCUGUAGAUAGCUAGCUUCACACUCGGAAGCUGAAACACUAGAGGAUACAUUUUAAACACAAUGUAAUUCCUCGUCCUUCUCCGGAGGUAACCAAACCCAGCCGGUGGCAUCUUCCAACAGCUGGGUUGUGUCGACUAAAUUGUGGAUUAACGUGGAUUUUUUUUUUCCCUUUAAGAACCCCCGGACGUGUUUAGCCAAAAUGAGCGUCGAUUUAAUUGAAUCAACUACAUGAGUGGAGCCUAAACAAACGCAUUUUUCCCAAGGAGUGCACUGUGGUCUUUUUUUUUCCAUAUCUGCUGAAUUAAACGGCGCACAGUUGCUCUGGAAAAUAUGGAAAGCGAGAUUUUCACCCCUCUGCUGGAGCAGUUUAUGCUGUCGCCUCUGGUCUGCUGGGUGAAGACAGUAGGGCACCCGACAGUGACCGAUGGCUCCAAGCUGUCAGAAUAUGUUGAAUUGGUGGAUGGGAUUUACCUGAAUGAGAUCAUGCUGGAGAUAAAUCCCAAAGCUACAGUGCAAAGGACUAACAAGAAAGUGAACAAUGACCCAACGCUACGCAUACAGAACCUCUCUAUUCUCAUCGGGCAGAUAAAAGCCUACUAUCAGGAGACUCUCCAGCAGCUGGUGAUGAUGUCUUUACCAAACGUGCUGAUACUGGGCAGGAACCCUUUGUCUGAGCAAGGUCUGGAGGAGAUGAAGAAACUUCUGUUGCUGCUGCUAGGCUGUGCAGUCCAGUGUGAGCAGAAGGAAGAGUACAUUGAGCGUAUCCAGACUCUGGACUUUGACACCAAAGCUGCCAUAGCAUCUCACAUCCAAGAGGUGACUCACAAUCAGGAGAAUGUAGUGGACUUGCAGUGGUUGGAAAGUGGGGAAAUGCCUCCCGAGGACACAGACAGCCUCUCCAGGAACCUGGCUUUCCACCUCAAACGCCUGGUGGACGAGAGGGACACACAGCUGGAGUAUAUCGUGGAGUUAACUCAGGAGAGAGACUGUGUGCAGCUGUCUCCACUGACUCCCUAUCCUACCCAAUCUCCUGGGGAUUCCCCCAGCAUGAGGAGGACCGAGAGCCGACAGCACCUCUCUGUGGAGUUGGCUGAUGCUAAAGCCAAGAUCAGACGCCUUCGACAGGAGCUAGAGGAGAAGAGUGAGCAGCUUUUGGACACCAGGCAGGAGCUUGAAAACAUGGAAGUGGAGCUCAAAAAGCUUCAGCAAGAGAGCUUCCAGUUGCUGUCGGACGCUCGGUCCGCUCGGGCCUACAGAGACGAACUUGAUGCACUUAGAGAAAAAGCCAUUCGUGUGGACAAACUGGAGAGCGAGCUGAGCCGAUACAAGGAGAGACUGCAUGAUAUUGAGUUUUACAAAGCCAGAGUGGAGGAGCUGAAGGAGGACAACCAGGUAAUGUUGGAGACGAAGGCCAUGCUGGAGGAACAGUUGGAUGCUAGCCGGACACGAUCAGACAAACUGCACCUUCUCGAGAAAGAAAACCUGCAGCUCAAAUCCAAGAUCCAUGAUCUGGAGAUGGAGAGAGACAUGGACCGUAAACGUAUGGAGGAGUUAUUGGAAGAGAACCUUGUGCUGGAGAUGGCUCAGAAACAGAGCAUGGAUGAAUCUCUGCACUUGGGCUGGGAGCUAGAGCAGCUAUCAAAGACACCAGAAAUGACAGAAGCCCCUCAGAAGUCUUUGGGAGAGGAGGUGAAUGAAUUGACCUCGAGCCGCCUGUUGAAGCUGGAGAAGGACAACCAGACCCUGCUGAAGACGGUGGAGGAACUUCGAGGAGCAGCCGGUCAGGAUAUUGUGUCGAAACUUUCAAAAGCCAGCCAGGAAAACCAGAGACUGAGCCAGAAAUUGGAGCAGCUGGAGAGUGAACUGACAGCAGACAGGGACUCGCUCCGCAGUGCUGAGUCACUCAGCACUGACUUGAUGAAAGAAAAAGCCUUAUUGGAGAAGACUCUGGAAACACUGAGAGAAAACUCUGAGAGACAGCUGAAGGAUCUGGAGCAGGAGAACAAGCACCUAGGCCAAACCGUGUCGUCACUGCGUCAGCGCUGCCAGGUUGGUGCUGAGGCCCGGGUUAAAGAUGUGGAGAAAGAGAAUCGAGUUCUCCAUGAAUCCAUCUGUGAGACGACCGCUAAACUCAACAAGAUGGAGUUUGAAAGAAACAACUACGUGAGUAAGGAGCUUGAGGUGAUGAAGGAGAAAGGUGAAAGAGCAGAGGUGUUGGAGAUUCAGAUGCAGAAGCUGGAAAGGGACAAUGAAAGCCUGCAGAAGAAAGUUGCAAGCCUUGGAAUCACCUGUGAAAAGGUGUCGUCUUUGGAGAAGGAGAACUCUGACCUGGAGGCAGAGGGCCGUCGUAUGAAGAAGAAGGUGGACGCUCUGAAGAACAUGGCCUUCCAGCUGGAGGCUCUGGAAAAAGAGAACUCCCAGCUGGAGCAGGAGAACUUGCAAGUUCGACGCUCAGCUGAGAGUCUCAGGUCAGCGGGGGCGAAGGCAGCUCAGCUAGAAGCGGAGAACAAGGAGCUGGAGAGUGAGAGGAGCCAGAUGAAGCGCAGUCUGGAACUACUCAAAGCCUCAUCAAAGAAGACUGAGAGAUUAGAGGUGAGUUACCAGGGCCUAGAUACAGAGAACCAGCGUCUGCAGAAGGCCUUGGAGAACAGCAGUAAGAAGAUCCAACAGUUGGAGGUGGAGCUUCAAGAAGUGGAGACUGAGAACCAAACCUUACAACGCAACCUAGAGGAGCUCAAAAUCUCCAGUAAACGCCUGGAACAGCUUGAGCAGGAGAACAAGACUCUGGAGCAGGAAAGCUCCGUACUGGAGAAAGACAAGAAGCUUCUGGAGAAGGAGAACAAGCGGCUGAGGCAGCAGGCCGAGAUCCGCGACGCCAAGCUGGAUGACAGCAACCAGCGGAUCUCUUCCUUAGAGAAAGAGAACCGCAACAUGGGCAAGGAGAUGAUCUUCUUCAGGGACUCCUGCACAAGAGUCAAAGAUCUGGAGAGGGAAAACAAGGAGCUGGUCAAACAGUCUAGCAUUGAUAAGAAGACUCUUAUCACACUCAGGGAGGAACUUGUGAGUGAGAAGCUGCGGACUCAGCAGAUGAAUAAUGAUCUGGAGAAACUGACCCAUGAGCUGGAAAAAAUUGGGCUGAACAAGGAAAGGCUGCUAGAUGACGAGGGCUCUGAUGACAGGUUUAAGCUCCUGGAGACCAAACUGGAGUCAACUCUGAAAUCAUCUUUGGAGAUUAAAGAGGAGAAGAUCGCCGCCCUAGAGGCCAGACUGCAAGAGUCAUCCAACCUCAACCAACAACUUCGCCAGGAGCUCAAAACGGUGAAGAAAAACUAUGAGGCCCUGCGCCAGAGAGAAGAAGAGGAGAGGAUGGUGCUGAGUUCGCCCCCUAAAGGAGGGGAAGACCCUCAGGCUGUCAGUAAAUGGGAGAAGGAGAGUCAUGAGGCCACCAGGGAGCUGCUGAAAGUCAAAGACAGACUCAUUGAGGUGGAGAGGAACAAUGCCACACUGCAGGCUGAGAAGGCAGCCCUGAGGAGCCAGCUCAAACAACUGGAAACUCAGAGCUCCAAUCUGCAGGCUCAGAUAGUGGCCGUACAGAGACAAACUGCUUCUCUACAGGAGAAUAAUACAACUCUACAGACACAGAACGCCAAGCUGCAGGUAGAGAACUCCACCUUAAGCUCACAGAGUGCUGCCCUCAUGGCACAGAAUGCCCAGCUGCAGACCCAGCAGACCAGUGUGGAGGGUGAAAGAGAAGGAGCUCUGAAGGAUAAAGAAGAGCUCAGGUCUACAUACGAGCUACUACUCCGUGAUCAUGAGAAGCUGGCAGCGCUCCACGAAAGGCAGGCAUCAGAGUAUGAAGCCCUGAUUGGGAAGUACGGGGGCCUGAAGAGCUCACACAAGAGCCUGGAGCAGCAGCACAGGGACCUGGAGGACAAGUACAGACAGCUCAUGCAUAAGAAGGGAGAGGUGGAAGAUCUUGAGAAAAAUCUAAAGGCACAGCAGGAAAAAAUUGCACUGGAAAACCAAACACACCAAGACACAGCCGACCAGUGCAAACAGCUCAAAGAUGAGAAUGACAGAUUGAACUCUUCCUAUCGUCAGCUGAUCAGGGACAAUGACAACCUUCAGCUGGACCAUAAGAACGCAAAGAGCCAGCUGAACAGUGCAAAGCUGGAGCAGACCAAGCUAGAGGCUGAGUUCUCUAAACUGAAGGAGCAAUACCAGCAGCUGGACAUCACCUCCACCAAGCUCACCAACCAGUGUGAACUGUUGAGCCAGCUGAAAGGGAAUCUAGAGGAAGAAAAUCGUCACCUGUUGGACCAAAUCCAGACUCUGAUGCUACAGAAUCGCACACUACUGGAGCAGACCAUGGAGAGCAAAGACCUGUACCACGUGGAGCAAAGACAAUACAUAGACAAGCUAAACGAGCUGAGGAGACAGAAGGAGAAGCUUGAGGAGAAAAUCAUGGACCAGUACAAGUUCUAUGACCCCUCUCCACCACGCAGGCGUGGCAACUGGAUCACUUCAAAGAUGAAGAAGCUGAUCAAGCCAAGGAGCAGGGAGAGGAUGCGCUCUCUUACACUAACCCCCUCUCGUUCAGAGUAUGGUGAUGGUUUCCUGAGCUUCCCUCAGGACAGCCAGGACAGCUCUUCCAUCGGCUCUGGCUCCAACUCACUAGACGACACACUCGCACAAAAGAGGAGCAACACUAUAAAAAGGUUGCCUUUCAUGAGGAACAGAUCCAAGGACAAAGACAAGGCCAAGGCCAUCUACCGGCGCUCCAUGUCUAUGAAUGAUCUGCUGCAGACGAUGGCGGUGGCAGGCAGCAUUGAAAACCUCGAUGGCACUGAACCUGGAGAUGAUGGCCCAACUGGCGGCAGCAGACGCAGUGGGCAGCGUAUGAAGGAGCUUGCCUUUUCCACCAACGCCAUCGACUGCGCCACGCUUACACUCCCCAGUGCACGGCACAGCAGGACAAAGCAGCGACUGCAGGUCAAAGAAAAUGCGUCCUGUGAGGAUGUCGCCGGUUUCCUUAGAGAACCAAAAAGCCAAGGCCUGCAGGUGUAUAGCAGUGCUCUGUCUCCUCCUGUUGAGCGGGGCGUUACGUGCAGAGUGCCCUGUAGCAUCUGUACCUCCAGACCCACCAGUCUCCAUAGCAACAGGACCACCAGUAGUAAUAGUAACAAUAACUCCCACCUCACUUCUCCUCUGGAGGGCAAAGCCACGUUGAAUCGGCUGCCUCAGCAGACCUCUCACAGCGAGAGCAGCGGAGAGUUCGCCUCAGGUUUAGACCAGGAGGUGUGGUCCAGCAGUGGCAGCAGCCCGUCCAGCAGCCAACUCCUCACGCUCCCCCAUCAGAGCCCCCUGGGGCUGCGCAGGUCCCUCGACCCAUCCACUGCAGCGGGAAUCCCCGGUCAGCUCCACAGACCAAAAUCCCAGAGACGAGGUGCGUCCCUGCAGCAGUUUUUGGAUGAGGGUGGAUCGUAUCCUGCAGAGUCUGGCAGUCAGGAGAACCUCACUGUAGACUCUCCUCGCCUCUCCACUUCCUCUGAGCACAUGCAGAAAGAACGCACUACAACAAAGGGGCGUGGCAUACUACGCUCCUCCAGUGGGAAAGCCGCGCCAGUCAGCUCUGAUCGCCCACCGAGAUCUGCUGGACAGCCAGGACGCCCCACCCUACGUAAGGCGGAGAGCACCCGUGUAAGAGGCUCCAUGCCGGUCCGCUCCAGCCUGUCCUCGCAGGUCAGAGCUACAUCUGUCUCUGAACGCAUGGACUCCGCCUCCUCCACGCUGCCCCGGGCCAGCAGCGUCAUCUCCACCGCUGAGGGCACCACGCGGCGCACUAGCAUCCACGAACUGCUCUCAAAGGACCAGAGGCAGCCUGUGUCCGUUGACCCAUCCCCUCCUCCUCAAUCCACCCCUGCCAAGGCUGGGGUUCGCUCUCAGCCUCCACCCAGUGAGUACCACCCCACAGCCCAACCUAAAGGGACCCCUUACCACCACACCAACACCCCCCCUCUGCCCAGUCUCUCAGCCUUACCUUGCCAUAGCCUGGAGGACCCCGACCUCUCCACCCUUGAGUCUUUCCGCCCGUCCUUCACUGUAGAGUCCGUAUUUAUGGACUCCAUCUUUGGUGAGUCGGCGGGCAAAAACCUCCCCUUCCUGUCACUAACCCCACCCUGGGUCAGCAACAUCAGCGGGCCUCCUGUCUCAAAUAAAACACACCCUCCGCCUCCUCCUCCUAACCCGCACCACAUUCCCUCACAAAACCAGGCACUUCACAGCCAAUCAAACGGCCAGAUAAGAUCCAGUCCAGCCAGUCUCGCAGAGUUUAAUGAGGGCGCUGAUCCCAGUCAAGUGAAUAAUUCAGAUCAGCCACUGAACCCAGAGGACAACCAGUCCCUGUGGUACGAGUACGGCUGUGUGUGAUGACAGGGAGGUGCUGGCCUGCUCACCUUCUCUUUUUUUAAACCAGACUAACAAGGAGGAGAGCGACAGAUCGGAUCAAAGACAGAUGGUCCUCCUCUGCAUGUAUUCAUACGAGCACUGUCCGUCUCUGUGUGGUGUUUUUGUUUCUUUCUGUUCUUCAGGGUGCUGAGUCUCGACUCUGACUCUUUUAUUUGUCUGUUUGAUAUUUUUUUUCUGCUGUUCUUUUCACUGAGGGUGGGACUUUGAAGAAUGUUCUUCUGUCCAACACUUUUACCAUAUUAUUGUUUCCUCAUUGAAGCAGUAUCACUUAAUAACACUAUGCUAUUAUCUGCAACUAUUGGAGGUGAACCUGUCAUGAAGAGCUGUCUCUGCACUGUGUGACAGAUGCUGUGACGGUAACUUCCUGAGAUCUAAAUGAAGAAUCUUUGUCAGAUAAUAGCUUCACUCCCGGCUGUCUGUGUGUUCACGCUUUAUCUCAGUUGCAUCACUCGCUCAGUUGCACGGCUUUUACUGUCUGACCCUGAACCGUCAUUUUGAUCACUGUGAUCAAAUGCUCUUCAUGUUCCUUUUUUUUUUUCUGGACGGUGUGACCUGUUUGGUUCUUGUACUUUUCUUUGUUUUCUUUUCAUUGAUGAUGACGGGGUUCUGCUCUGGGUGGGUUCUCCUGGGCUGGUGACUAAAUGAUGAAGCUUCAUUCUAAAAAUGACUGAGGGGGAGGCUCAGGGGGUUAAGUGAAAGUUGACAGUGAAGAGCAGUGGAUGUGAUUAGUAUGAAAUCAUAUGUAGACCGUAGGGGUGUGCGAUAUGGGAAAAGAAAUCAUAUCAGGAUUUUUUAUUUUUGCAAAAUCACGAUCACAAUUUUAUCAUGAUUCUUUCAUUUAGAUUAUUCAGACUAUUUUACAAGUUAUUACCAGUAAAACAAACCAAUUUACCUCUUUAAAAUCAUAGCCUUAAACGGAUAAAAGGAUAAAAGAUAUUUUAAGACAGGAUAAGGGAGAACGGGGUUGGUUCACACUUUUACUGUUUUGAUGAUUGCUCAUCAUCAACAUCUUUCAAAUAGUCAUUCCUACAUUAAUUGAAGCUUAAGGUGUUGGCUUGAAAUGUGUAUCCUUCUCAUUUUCCAACUCAUUGUAACAAAGAGGCAAUUAUUAUCAAAGACACUCUGACACAUUGUGACAACCAACCCCAUCACGAGGAUGGUUGUCACACACUAUGGGUUGGUUGUCACAAUGGUAGUUCAAUGGGAAAAAUCUUUUUAAAAAAGGCAAGAAGGAGAACUAAAUUUGAAAGUUUAAUUGCACUGACAAGUGAUAGGCCUACAUAACUGAAUGCAUUUUAACAUAAAAUGAGCAAGGAACAUGAACAGGAAACACAUCUUAGGCCAGCCUAUAUAACAACAUAAAGACCAAAACAAAUAGGCCUAACAAUAUGGCCUACUCACUAGGCUACAUGCAGUCACCGUCUGAGUUACAGUGAUGGUAAAUGUAGGGUCUGUGCACUCCAACUCAUUUCACCAUGCAUGAUUUUGCCAACAUAGGGAAUGGUUGUUACAUGUGACAACCAACCCCAAAGAGAAUGUGACGACCAACCCCAACUGGAUUUUUUUUGCUAGCAUCAAGGCUAACAACCAUCUAACAAGUACUGAGCUAGCUAAUAAAAAUCUAAACUAUAGCUUUACCCUCACACUUUGUAAGGUAACACUUGUUUUGUUAUAAACCCAUCGUUUAAAGCCUAGAAGAAAAAUACCGAGGAGCUGAAUAUUUACAAUUUGACAUGAAAAACACAAAAGUCCUCUCACCUCAAGUUCAGCUGUCUUACUCCAGAGAAGACCAUGUAGGUGAGCUCUGAUCCUAAUUCUGGAAAUAUCCAUACCCCAAUUUGAGAGACAGUGCCCUCUGGUGGCGAGAUAUAACAAGUGUGCCAACCAACCCGUGUGACAACCAACCCCUUCUCCCCUACUGUUUGAACACUUUUUAAUUUAGUUAAGCAAUUUAGAAAACUUGUGCAAAGUACAAUUAACAUCAAACAGAAAUAAUGACAUGCAUAACAUCAAGUUCUUUUAGUCAGUCUUUUCCUUUUCUUAACCCAAAAUGAAAAACAACUUAAACACAACAUUGAAGUAAGGUGCACACCUGCUGGGGGAUCAUGUCCUUUGCAAGAUAAAACGUUACUGAUUCAGUUCCAUCUUUCCAGCACUUACUUGUUUUCUCAUACCGAGUGACCUUAUCAAAUGCCUGUGUGAAAGUUGUUUGUUUUGCCUGUGUGGAUGGCGGCACAACAGACGUGUGUCUGUAGUGCUUACAUGAAGCGGACUAACAAAUGGUGUUAUUCAGUAGAGAGAGAAAAAACAAAGAGGGAUAGAAUGUGCACUACAGACGGUUCUAGGAUCUCUGUGCUUUGGCAGAUCGUCGUCACAUUCUAAUCCUUCACGAUCUAAGAUCGUCAUAUCGCACACCCCUAUGUAGACAGAGUCAUUGGAGCAGGGAGAUCAGAGAGUAAGUUGUGAGGGUUUUUCAGAUUGUUUUGUGGAUGAAGCUCACAUCAUUUCCUUUGAAACUUUAGUCCUCCUGACUGAUGAACUGAUGAGAGAAUGAAAGGUGCAUAUUUGAAAAUGGUUAAUAUUUGAUCAUGUGAAGACUGACAAGAUCUUGUACAGAUUCUAGAAAUCAUUAAGUUAUAAUCGAUGACGAGCGCGGUGUAAUGUGCCAACACGAGUAGUACUUCCUGCCUCUAGCUCCUUAUUUAUUCCUGAUUUUAUGCUCUGCUGUUUGAAGUUGCUCUGUUGUAUUUAUCUCACUCUCCAGUAUAUGCAGAUAUAAAGUCAAUGAAUGUUCUUGUCUACAGAUGUAACAUAGAUUGCCUUUGUCCUACAGAUGUGGAGGGCAGAAAGUCUAAAAGCAGAGUGGGGAGCCGCAGCAAAGCUGCUAACCCCGCCCCCCCCCCCACACCCUCGUCUGCUACCAUGCUGUGAGUGCGUGGUGAGUGAGCGCUGCUCAAGCGGGAGAAAAACGGAUCGGGGUGGAGGGAGGGGGUGUUCGGUCUUGUCUCCAUGGGAACCCUAAAACAUGGUGUAACAGAUGUCGUCCAGCCUGCCGUGCACUCGCCUCCCCUGCUUCUCUAAGCUGACACCCCCCUGACCCCUCCCUCCCUCCUCCCUGUCCUGUUUGUUGCUGAAUGUCCCUGUGGUGCCAAACUCCUGCUCAGAGCCUGAUGGGACCCUGACGGACUCUGGUCUGUUUGGCAUAUGGGCCAUUUCACCAUCGGAGUGGAUGAACGCUUUGCCUGUUUGUGUCCCGAAAUCCCUCAAUACGAGGAGUUCCCCGACUCCAGGAUGUCCCUGUGUCCCUCCUCCAUGAUGCUUCUUGUGUUGUUGGUCAAGUGGACUGCUCACUGCUUCCUGCUUCCUGCUGGAGGAGAGAGAUGUGUUAACGCUGCUUGUUGUUGCUGCAUGGCUUCUGUGUAGCGCCGAAAUCCUUCCCCCUUCUCGUUCCCUUGACAAUGCAUGUAGAUCCAGGCUGCUCCCCCUGUCUGCUCUUGUAUAUCACUGUCUACUGAUAGUGUCUGACUUUUAACUCUCUCUUUUCUCUCUUUCCUCUUUUGUUUCUUUGAACUUUGCCUCCUUAUUUUCAAAUCUGUCUCUCUUUUCUUCUCUUUCUUCUUCACUCCUCUUUGCUGCCUGGGACUCAGAGAGAAAGGUGGCCUUGGAGCUGUGUGUCUGAAGCCUAGUAGAGUAAAUCUGCUGAGACCGUCAACAGUGAGAAAAGAUUGUACGUCCCAGUUUUCCCUUUUUCUUUCCUGUUUCUUUCUUUUCAUCCCGGGACACUUGAGUAGAGAAAAGUGGCUUCCUUCUCUGUUUUGUUUUUUUCUUCCUUGAAUCAAGGAAACAACAGAAAACUACUAGAAAAUGUUGCCGUGAGUUUUUUGUUUUUCUACAAAUAGUAAAUUUGUGGCAGAUUGCACUGCCACGUGUCCUUCAGUGUGACAGACUGCUAGAUGUGCACUAGACUCUUUAGACUAAAGGUUCAAGUGCCAAUGUUCACACCUCAGCCAAAAGGGCGAUCUUAAACCAGACUGAUGACUCCAUUUUGGAUCUUCUGUGCAUCGGGACCUUCUUCUGCCUGCCAUCAUAAAAACACAAGUCUUUUUGUUAACGGGACGCAUGAGCAACUUAAGACGACCUUCAGUCAGGCUCGUACCAAAACCUUCUCAAAGCAUGUCGGCACCAAACAUUUCAUCAACUGGACCUGCUAUCAGACUCAUCAGUCACAAUCUGCAUGGAGCAAUCAAUCAGCCAAUCAUCCCACUUCCUUUUGUCCAAUCAGAGAGGAGGACAGUGUUCAGUGGGGAUUUUAUUCGCCAGGAUGCCAAAUGAACUUGGACGGAAGCCAUGACAGCUGUGCGAUAUCGGCAUCUCUUUGCCUGCCAAUCACGAGUGACGGUUGUGUGAUCUGAGAGAGAGAAAGAGAGAGAGAGAGGAAUCAUGGGAGAGUUCCAGGUCACCUAUAUGAAAGUUUGCCUCUGAAACAAACCCUACACUCAUCGUAGCUUCAUCUUAGCUUGAAUCAUUCAUCAUCACGGCUCACUGCUUCUUACGUAUCGCUCUGCUUCCUGCUCUGAAAAGAAACACACACACACACACACUCUCUCUGUACAGUUCAGUAACUCAUAAGUAUCUUCUCUGAGAAAACCCUCAGUUUAUAAAUCUGACCGGAGUAUAGGUGACCUGUGACCUGUCCAGUGCAAACAGAGCGUGCAGAUUUCUGCUGCUGUGUUGAACAUGAUGCUAAUGACGAGACCCAGUGUUUUCCUCUUUUUCCACUUUUUACAUAAACCCAUUUGAUGUAAUUAAAAUUCAUCAAGACUA